UUCAUGGCAGUGGGUCAUAUGAUCGUCCAGUGCAAGUGAAAAGGGCGAGUCCGAGCAUAAACUUGUGAUCGUUUUAUUGUCAAUACAGAAAUAACUCCCUGUUUUUUUCAAGAUAUUCCAUUGAUUUUUACAAUUCAAGAUGAAGGGAUGUAUGUUUAACAUCGACGGGGGCUACUUGGAGGGGUUGUGCAGGGGAUUCAAGUGUGGAAUUCUUCAGCAGAGUGAUUAUCUCAAUUUGGUGCAGUGCGAGACACUUGAAGAUCUAAAGCUGCAUUUAGCUGGAACCGACUAUGGCAGUUUCCUAGCAAACGAGCCCUCACCCCUCCAAGUCGGUGUGAUUGACGACAAACUCCGAGAAAAGCUCGUCAUCGAGUUCCAGCAUAUGCGCAAUCACUCUGUGGAACCUCUCUCCCAAUUCCUGGACUUUAUCACGUACAGUUACAUGAUUGACAACAUCAUCCUGCUGAUCACUGGGACACUGCACCAGAGGCCCAUCUCUGAAUUGAUUCCCAAGUGCCAUCCCCUCGGUAGCUUCGAGCAGAUGGAGGCUAUUCAUGUGGCUGCCACUCCUGCUGAAUUGUACAAUGCUGUGUUGGUUGAUACUCCACUAGCUCCAUUCUUCGUUGAUUGCAUCUCAGAACAGGAUUUAGACGAGAUGAACAUCGAAAUCAUCAGAAAUACUCUCUACAAAGCCUAUCUUGAAGCUUUCUACAAGUUCUGCAAAGAUAUUGGGGGAACUACAGCUGAUGUCAUGUGUGAAAUUCUCGCGUUCGAGGCUGACAGACGAGCCAUCAUCAUCACCAUCAACUCAUUUGGCACUGAGUUGGGAAAAGACGAUCGUGCAAAGCUCUAUCCUCGCUGUGGAAAAUUGAAUCCUGAUGGUCUAGCUGCUCUGGCGCGUGCUGAUGAUUAUGAACAAGUCAAAGCAGUUGCUGAGUAUUACGCUGAGUACAGUGCAUUGUUCGAAGGGGCUGGAAAUAAUCCUGGGGACAAGACACUCGAGGAUAAAUUCUUCGAGCACGAGGUUCGUCUAAAUGUCAACGCUUUCCUCCAACAAUUCCACUUUGGUGUAUUCUACAGUUACUUGAAACUAAAAGAACAAGAAUGUCGUAACAUCGUGUGGAUAUCCGAGUGCGUUGCUCAGAAACAUCGCGCCAAAAUCGACAAUUACAUUCCAAUCUUCUAAAGAGAGCCAGAAUCCGCAGUGUGGCAUCUGUUGAAAAUUGUUCAUAUUAUCAUUUUCUCCAACACGGCAUGGACAAAACCCACUAAACCGAGUUGGAGGCGCCAAUAAUCACCGUCGUGCUGUAUAAAGAAAUUAAUUUAUCAUUCACGAGACAUGUAGUGUGAUGUUGAAUUUCGUGGAGAAGAGAUGGGCAGAUCAAAUUAGCCAAUUUCAUUUUAUCGAAUCAGAGAGUUGUAUAUUUAUAUGUGGAAUAUAUCGAAUUCCUGUGUAAUUAAUUGAUUUAGGGAAGUAUUAUUGUGCUCUGAGUUUUAUUGUUGGAAUUAUUUCGUUGAUGUGUAUGGGAGAAUACACUGCAUUCCAUUGUAAACGAUUAUUCACCAUGCGUGUAUGUAUCAUAAAUUACUUGUGAGAAAUAUAUUGAUAAAGACGAA